GGGAUUAUUUUGCGGGUUAACCUAAAUUAACUGUGCGAAAAUAUUAUCCUUGGCACUUGUACAUCGCAAAAUAGACAGCGAGAAAAGGGAAAACCCUUUGGAAAAACAAGGCCGUUUUCCUCAAAAAGGAAUAGAAGCUACUGUAAGUGGGCUCGCACCGAACUACCUAUUAGGUCACGCGAGAUGGGGUUGGAUAUGAUAUGGGGUGUGUUGGGUUACGUCUGGUCUGCAGAUGCAGGCUGCGAGUUGUGCGCCAGGUUCCUUUUCGUCCACACCACCAUCUUUUUUUUCUUCUCUUUUUUCCCUUUCCCUAUUCGUCUUUUUUAUCUUCAUUCAUGAUUACAACAGUACGGUGCGGUAUUCAUUUAUCGUUUUUCUCUCCCGCUUCUCCCCUUCCCGGAUACUUUUUUCUUUUUUCUUUUUUUCUCUGCGUUGAGAGGUGGGAUGACUGGUGGGUCGGUUUGGUUCCGGGAAGGGUUUUUUUUUGGGGGGUUGCGAUUUAUUUAUCUUCGCCAAGGAAUGCUAAAUGGGCGAUGGAUGGGGUUGUGCCGGUGCGAUGGAUGGAUGGAUGGAUGAUGGAUGGAUGGAUGGGUGAACGGGCUUGGGUUCGUUUGAUGGGUGCGCGGCGCGGCACCGGUACUCGAGUACAUACUCGAGCAAUUGUGCUGGACCGCACCGUAUGGUGAGUUACCCGCUCGCGUUUCCCCAGGUCUGUCUGUCCGUUUGAGUCAUGGCCCUUUCGCUGUAUGUAUGUAUGUAUGCGUGCAUGUAUGUUUCUGUCUAUCGUCUUCUCCGAGGAUUGCUGCGCUCUGCUGCGAGGGAGGGAGGAAGGAAGGGUAGGAGUGCAAGGGGGUGACUAGGGAGGGGAUAGCCUUUCCGGCAGUCUGCGUUCGUGCUAUGGAUAAAUGGCGAGUGACUGGUUCUGUGGAAGAGGUGGUGGUGGAAGGGAGAGAGAGGUAUGAUACCAGUAUGAUACCGGUAUGUAGGGCUCGAGCACUCCAACGCACGGGUACAGCACACACGAGCUGGCUGGCUGGCGGACGGGUAGUCAUGUACUCGAGUACUCGCACAGUACGGUGCUGUGGAAAAGAACCGUGGGCGUUCUGAGCUGGGCGGAUCGAGGAUCAAUCAAGAGCUGCAGAUACGGGUACGGUGCGGUUGAUUGUGAUAUCGGUGCGGUAUCUGUUUCCAUCCACUAUCGGCCCUCCGAUACCGGUGGUACAACGGUGCGAUCAAUCAGACGAGUCGGAAUCGCCGCUACAUGGCUUAAUAGAUAUUCCCGGAGACAGCGCUCCCUGAUCCGGAUUGUAUCAUGGUCG